AUGGCAACGGCCUAUUUUCCCACAUUCCUCCUCCUCAUCUUUCUUUCCUCCAUUGCCCUCCUGCUGCUCACCCUUCUGCCUUCCGUCACCCCCUCUGAUCCGGUGGCACCCUCGUCUCAAUUCUCACCUUGGCCGACACGCUCCUCCUGCUCUCCCGGUCAGUCCUGGGCGGUCCGGCUCCACACUGGCGUGUACCAUGAAGAUGGGGAAGGAAGCUCUGAACACCUGGAUACGAUAGCAAACAAGGUAGCACAACAGGCUGGGCUGCAGAACCAGGGUCAGAUUGGACAGCUGGAAGGCCAUUACCUCCUGUGCUCCGUCAAAGCCAAUUCAGGAAGUUUAUGGAAAAGAAGUGUCCAGCCAAAGGAUGUCCUAGCAGCCCACCCUUACGUUUUGUGGUACUCAAAGGAAAGAGUCCUGAGCCGCUCAAAGAGAUCAGUGGCCUUCAACGACCCCAACUAUCCAAAGCAAUGGCAUUUGCAUAAUAACAUCAAUAGAGGAAUGGACAUCAACGUGACGGGGGUGUGGGAGCAUAACAUCACUGGCCAGGGCGUCACUGUUGUAGUUGUGGAUGACGGAGUGCAGCACACCCACCAAGACAUUCAGCUCAACUAUAGUCCAGAGGGCAGUUACGAUCUCAACUCCAACGACCCGGACCCCAUGCCUCAUCCAGAUGUGCACAGCGACAACCACCAUGGUACUCGAUGUGCAGGCGAGAUAGCGGCUGUGCCCAACAACAGCUUCUGUGCCGUGGGCGUGGCCUAUGGCAGCAAGGUGGCAGGCAUCAGGGUCCUGGACGGCCCACUGACCGACAGCCUGGAGGCCAUAGCCUUCAACAAGCACUACCAAGUCAACGACAUCUACAGCUGCAGUUGGGGUCCAGAUGAUGAUGGACACACUGUGGAUGGACCUCAUCCAUUGGGCAAGGCAGCACUGCAGCAUGGUGUGAUCGCAGGCAGGAGAGGCUUCGGGAGCAUCUUCGUGGUCGCCAGCGGAAACGGAGGCCAAUACAACGACAACUGCAACUACGACGGCUACGCCAAUUCCAUCUACACGAUCACAAUCGGAGCUGUGGAUGAGAACGGACGAAUGCCCUUCUACGCAGAAGAGUGUGCCUCCAUGUUGGCCGUGACAUUCAGCAGCGGGGGCAACAAGCUGAGGAGCAUUGUGACAUCAGACUGGUCCAUGCAGCAGGGGACGGGUUGUACGGAGGGCCACACCGGCACGUCCGCCGCAGCCCCCCUGGCCGCAGGGAUGGUGGCCCUUAUGCUGCAGGUCCGGCCCUGUCUCAGCUGGAGGGACGUUCAACACAUCAUCACCUUCACCGCCACUAAGUGCAAUUGUGACAGUAGUGCCGACUGGAGAGCAAACGGAGCGGGUUUCAAUCACAGCCACCAGCACGGCUUCGGUUUGCUCAAUGCAUGGAGGCUUGUUAAUGCAGCCAAGGUGUGGGAGUCAGUGCCUUUCCUCGUGUCCUAUCAGAGCUCGGUGAUAAAGGAGGACACGCCCAUCCUAACGUAUUCCAACGAGCUGGUCCGUACCUGGAAUGUAACUGCCGCUGACCUGAAAGCAUCCGGAAUGGUGACACUCGAGCAUGUGGCCGUUACCGUGACGAUAACCCACCCUUGCCGCGGCAACGUGGAGGUAGUGUUGGUCUGCCCCAGUGGGAUGGCAUCAGUCAUCGGGGCUCGCCGAGCCAUCGACAGAGACGCUGCAGGAUACCAGGACUGGACUUUUUCCACUGUGCGCUGCUGGGGAGAGCAGGCCGAAGGCCAAUACACACUCAGGAUAUCCGACCACAAAGACGCUGUGUCAGACCAGUGCGCAGGAGUGGGAGUGCUUCAGCAGAGGAAACUGACCCUCUACGGCUCAUCCAUGACUUUCAACGAAGUGAAGGAGAGACAGAAGCUGGUGGAGGAGGCUAUGAGUGGUAAAUACCUGGACAGCAGCUUCUCUCUACCCUGCCCCCCAGGCUUGGAAAUCCCUCCAGAAAUCAUUAGCCCUUUCACGUCAAACAGCCUCAAGUUCCUGCUGCUGCUUGGAUGCUUCGCCCUUUUCUGGUCUUUCUACUACACACUUGAGGUCACGCUGGCCCACGUGGACUUUAGGAGCCUGCUCUGCUUGCCCAAGAGACGAGCGAGCCGUCGAAGCAGGAGGGAACGCCGAGGGAGAGGAGUGGAGGAGGCCUUGAUUGGGGAGGAGGCGGAGGAGUACGGGGAGGAAGAGGAGCAGGAUUCAGGGGUGGAACUGCAGGCAGUGCUGGACUCUGACACCAAAGUGCCCCUUAUCACUGGAGAACUGCUAGCAACGUAG